GGUGAUCCUAUGAUGUUGGCCCAGAAGGUUUGGAGCCGAGUUUGGCGCCACCUUUUGGUGUUUGCAUUAUGUGAACUCAUGACUCACUGCCAAUCUCACAGCACAGGCUUUUCAAAGCAGCGGACUCUCUUUUUGGUUGGAAAAACUGGCUCUGGAAAGAGUGCAUCAGGAAACACCAUCUUGGGCCACUCAGCAUUUAGAGAAGACGCCUCGGCUGAGUCGGUGACWAAAACCUGUGAGAGACGAGAGCGACUGGAAGGAGACASAAACACGGUGGUGAUCGACUCUCCUGGAUUAUUUGACACAGAUAAAACACAAGCACAACUCAAAGAAGACAUUGGGCAGUGUGUUAAGCUGUCAGUUCCUGGGCCUCAUGUUUUUCUGGUAGUGAUAAACUUAAAGUCGAGAUUUACAAAAGAGGAAAAGGACACUGUGAAGUGGAUCCAGGAUAACUUUGGCUCUGAUGCUGCCACUUACACCAUAGUCCUGUUCACUCAUGCUGAUUUGCUCAGAGGUAAAUCUGUUGAGGACUUUGUGGCAGAAAGCAAAGAACUACAAACUCUAAUAGAUAGGUGUGGAGGAAGGUACCACUCGUUAAUCAAUGGGCAGAGUUCAGACAGAAAACAGGUCACAGAACUUCUGAAUAAAAUAGAUGAAAUGGUUCAAAUAAAUGGGGGAGACCAUUACACCAAUAGCAUGUACAAAAAAGCCCAGAGGGACCUGGUGGDGGAGGAGUUAAGAGCGUGGAGGGAAGAAUAUGAAAGAACAAAAAAGACAGAGCAAGAAGAGGGAAGAAGGUAUAAAUCCAAGUGUGAAGAAGAUAAACAGGAGGCAAGAAAGCAGAAGGAGAGAAAGGGAAAACUUCGUUUUUGGUGUAGAGUAUUAAAAAUGAUUUCCAAAGGAAUGAAGUUUGCUAAGAAUAACUACUUUACAUCAAUGGGAAAAGUUCUUGGUUUUGUCGUUGAAGACUGUGAACUUUUCGAGUAUGUGUUUCCUUAA